AUGGCCGAUUCAACGAGUUGGCCAAGAACGCUUCAUCGUUAUUUCGCAAUAUCGUCACAAGCCUCUGGCCACUAUAAGAGGCUUUGGCUCCGCACCUCCGCUCCUAGGCUAUCGCCUGAUUCUCCUACGGCUGAGAUGUUCGUCAAACGUGGAUCUGCGAAAGCUGUGGCAACAUCAACACCCCAAGUUCGUCGUGUUCGCAAUGCGGAGCUGCGAAAGACGCGGCUUACCAUCUACGCCAUUGUCGCCAGUUUUCAAGAACCGUCGACAUCAGGAAAGAUCCUUCGAGAAUACAGGGAAGAAUAUGGUGGCUUGACGCACGAGAAAUUUGGAUAUCAACAUUUGGAAAAGCUGCUCGACGACCACCCCCAACUCUUUCCAGCAAUUGAUUCGCAAGGAAGACGAGCGUACAAAGCCAAAGUGUCCGACAACGCUGCAUCGCAAGCUCUUCAAUUUCAAAUUCAGCGGCAAAAGAAGAAGAAGAAAAAGAGUAAUCGACGCGGUGGAUACAAUAGAGCGGCGCAUGGAGGAGGACGAGGGGCUAGCAUCUUCACAAAUGGUUCCCUAAAAAAUCGACUCACUUUUGAACGCUUGAUGGUCGAAGAGCGACAACAGAGUUGCCUACGAGGACGAGGAAUCACACGCGGAUCACCAAAAACGAACCAACGGGGCCGCAACACCCAACCCCCGACACUUAGAGCCGCACCACUUGCUCCUCUCGCACACUGGCUCAAACCACAAAUGCCCUUCAACGCUGGAUACUUUAACUGCCCACCAUCUCUAUUUCAAUCUCUGCUCCAACCUCCGCUCCAACCUCCGCUAAUGAAAACAACAGUGGAACUCGAGAAAUAUUUUGGCACCGGCAAACUGAGUUCGGUCCGUGCAGCAAUGAAAGAUGACAUCGUUUUCGAGGUGCUCGGUUCCGAUGAGAUCUUGAUCAAGACGAAAGCUUUUGUCGAGCGUACUCGAAAUGACCGUACACAAGAAAAGGACAAAGUUGAAGUCGGCUCUCCUCGAGCUACAAUGGCGCCACGUUUGACGGAACUUAUGGAGCAUUUCACUAUGCAGCUUGUCAACAUGUAUCCGAAUCCAAUUCCAUUGUCGGAUGUCGGUAUCUUCUACUCAAGGCAUUAUGGUGCUGAAGUGAAUCCAGAAAGACUCUACGCGAAACAUUGGUCGGAUCUAUUCGCCACGACUUUCUCAUCGAGAACGAUGGUUAAAGAUGGAUCCAUUCAUUUACGCGAGGCCUACGUGAAAAAGCACAAUAUCAAGCCAAAGCACGUUGACCAAAGCCACGCGAAAGCUGGUAAUUUACAGCUUGCAAUGAUAAACGAUCUUAAUGAAUCAAGCCUCGAAUCCGGUGAUGAAUCAGAAGAAGAAGAAGAGGAUAAAUGUGAUGAGAUGAUUGCUGAAACGGGUGUAUCGUUAACCAGUAUACCUCUCGAACCGGCUCCGAUGGACUUGAUAAGUGCGAUUCCUCUUCCACCAGAACCGAAGCCAACACUAGUUCUUCAAACUCAAAGAUCAAGCACGGUCAACGCCUUUCUCAAGUUCAAAUGCAUGGAACGCGGUCAACAUAAGCAAAAGAUCACUGUGGAAGUGGCGGGACCUAAAGCGAGUAUGUUGGAGAUUCCAGAACCAGCAAAAGCCAAAGCACAAGAACCACCAAAAGCCAAAGCACAAGAACCACCAAAAGCCAAGAUGCCGGAGACUCCAGAGCCACCAAAGGCCAACGCGCAAGACCCUCCGUUUCGAUUGAGAAUGAUCGACAGGAUUAAGAAGCCGAAUCAAAUUAAGAAGGAGCCAGAAAAUCAACGACCGGAGACGCCCGUCAUGCCCGCAGUUGCCGCCAAAAACACGUCACCUCAGCCACAAAAGAAGACCGAAUCGAAGUCGAAAGAGACGCCAAAAAAGGCGGAAAAGAAUCAAACGAAGAAGCCGGUUCAAAUGGUAGUGGAUCAAGAGUUGAGCAAUAUGGCAAGCUGCUUCGCCAGGCUUGCCGUCACUCCCACCCAGGCACUGAGUGCAACGAGGCCAACGGUGCCGGCAAAACCAAAGGAAAGGAAAGGAGCAACCGUCAAAUUCGAUCCCGUCGACGAUGUGAAGAGACGGUGCGUGGAGAAAAUGGCGCUUAUGGCCGAAAUGAAGCAUGAAGGCACGAUCCGCACGCACGCGUCGAUCGCAGCGUCUGUACUUCCACAGCGAACACGACGCCCAAUGCUGCUUAGCAAAGUCACCGAGAAAAGUUACCCG